AUGACAAUCUCAUCUUGGCCGUAUGUCUCCCCAUUAGAAACUGUUUCCGAGGAGUGCGAACACCUGUUUUUGGAGCUCGACGGAUCUGAACCAAAGGAACCCAAACCACUCUCUAUCUCACGCCUCGUUCUCUUGACAUGUCCCAACCUCGGCCUACAGGUGUAUUGGUUCCUGCUGCAGAGCAAUGGAACGCCAUACCUCCGGUCCCUCGGUAUACCACCCUUUUUCGUCUCUUUAGCUUGGGCCUUAGGACCCAUUUUUGGCAUUUUUGUCCAACCGAUAGUUGGACAAAUUAGCGACGAAUUGCACCACCCUUUUGGGCGACGUAAGCCAGUUAUGAUGACCGGAACGGCAACAACAAUCAUAGCCACAGUUUUGAUGGCCUACGCGCCGGAGUUGGGGGCGACAAAGAUUGCGAACACUUGGCAACCUUGCGCCAUCGCCAUGGUUUGCUUAUUUGUUGUUCUAUUCGCAAUUAACGUUUACUCAGUAGGCGUGCGUGCCCUCAUUGUCGACGCCUGCCCUCCCGCACAACAGUCUGCCGCGGCUGCCUGGUCUAUGCGUUGGAGCGUACUAGGGUCUGCGAUUUUAGCCAUAUCGAGUUUUGUAUCCUCCUCCACCCUGAAAUAUCAAGUGGACGCGGUUUUUGCGUUUCGCACUUUAACUUGGGUGGCCUCUUCCUGUUCGGCUAUUUCUGUCGGGCUGGUAUGUUGGUUUGUCCCCCAGUCCGCCGCAUCGCCCUCUUUGCAGAAAGCCGAAACUGCAAGGCAUAUACGAUUUUUCGACAAAUAUUCGCCUUAUGAGCUUACGCGGCGAUGGAGGCAGUUGCCACCAGUAACGGGGAAGGUUUGUGGUGUACAAUUAUUUGCUUGGUGCGGAUGGUUCCCUGUGUUAUAUUAUAUGUCUACGAUUAUCUUACUUGCAAAAGCUGAACAUUAUAAUAUAACAGCACACUUGGAGGCCAUUCAGGAGGGACAUCCCGAUCCGGAGACUUACGCGAAGCCCUACCAGCUUUACGCUUCCGUCGCCUUUGCGUUAGGGACUUUGCAAGCCACUUUUCUGUUAAGCUUGUUAAACGCGACAACCACCGUCCUUUGUCACGAUAACCAUCCUCGAAUUUGGCUCGCUUCACAAUUACUCGCAACUCUUUGCCUUUUCCCUACAGCCAUCAUACGUACUUCUGUUUGGGCUCUUGCCCUCUUAUCAUUUAUUGGCGCUACUUGGGCAGUGACUAUAUGGGUUCCUUUCGCCUUAAUCAACACAGAAAUCUCGUCACUGCCAGCCGGCACUGCAGCCAUUCAAGGUUUACAUAAUAUGGCUAUUUCUGUACCUCAAGUGGCGAGUGCGGUAGGGUGCGCCGUCGUGCUGGUCGGCUUAGAUAUAUUGGGUAUACUUAAUAGUGCGGCAUGGUUGUUAACGUUGGCGGCGGUGCCGGUUGGUUGGUCAGCAUAUCUGAUUUGGCGUUUGGAAGGAAAGCUCAAGUAA